AUGACAUCGGAUCAUCCAGACGUAGAAAAUGACGUGGACUUCGUUCACAUGAACAACGCCAUGGAGGGCGAGGUGAUGGAAAAUCGCCUACGGGCUAAGAAGAAAAGCUUGGUGUCCUUAACAAGCCAGGAACUUUUUGAAAAUGCUUUACGCGAUAUUCUCAAACAGAAUACGAAACCAACAGGGUGGUGUCGAGGGGAGCCUCUGACAGACCGAGGGAAGAGAAAGCAGUUGAUUAAGAUGUUGGUGCUAGUUUUCGUCCCUGUCCUAGCACUGUGGUGUCUCUCCCUUCAAACACUGUCUGACGACGUCAACGAAAAGAAUGCCACAGAGAGGACCGAAACGAUUCUGCGACUUAGUACGGAGUUGGGUGAGAUUAUCCAUCGUCUUCAGGUUGAGAGAGACAUGAGUGUGUUUUAUUACAGCACGCUCGGGCCGGCGACUAAGUCAUUUCUCCUCACCGAAUACGACAAGACGGACAUCGCCUUGCUCGACCUGUCCCGAUGGCCUGGAGAUCUGGACGUCAACGGCCGACCCGAAUUCUCCUCCAAGGAAGCAUUCCAGUUGACGCUGAGCUCACAGAGGCUCAGGCUUGGUGCUGACGGAGAAGACAUGUACAAGGAGAUUCAGUUUUACACGUCCGCCAUCACCGUCUUCAUCCAGUGGCUGUACGACUCCAUCAGAGAAUCCAAAUACGGCACCAUCUGGAAACCACUCGUCGCCUAUUUGAAGAUCGUCACCGGAAAGGAUGACAUUGGUAUUGAACGAGCUCUUGGCUCGAAUUUUUACGUUAAAGGGAAAUUCCAGAGGGAAUACGAUUACCAGUGGUACCUGCAGAAGUGCUACAUGUCCAAAAACCAGUUUCGAUCGGCCAAAAAUUACUCGCCCAUCGUGAAACCCGUUCUGAACUACGGCAUCACAGUUGAGGGAGGAAACCUGUCGAAUCUGAUUGAGGAGCUGAGGACGGAAAUCAUGAUGAACGGCAGAAGCGGCGUGCACCCGUCGACCAAGAAGGGCCAGCAGUGGUACGAUACAAUGACCUUGUACCUAGAGGUGCUGUUGGACCAGCAGCUAGAGUUGGCCGACAUUAUCGCAGAACAGUUAACGGCAAACAUCGACAGCAAAACGCAGAAGGUGGCCAUCAGUGCCACUCUGCUGGUCCUCGUCAUCCUUCUCUGUCCCAUCGUCAUCCUUGCUAUGGAAUCCCUAACCAGCGACAUUCAGAGAUUCGCCAUCACCUUGGUAGACAAGACAAAGGAGUUGUCGAGAGAAAAGAGGAAGACAGACACGCUGUUGUAUCAGAUGGUGCCCAAGCCAGUCGCCGAAAUUCUGAAAAGGAGCGGCGAAGUUGAGGCGGAGUACUAUAAAGCCGUCUCGGUGUUUUUCUCCGAUAUCGUCGGGUUCGCGCAGAUAACAUCCGAGGUGACGCCCAUGGAGGUGGUCACAUUACUGAACAAUCUGUACACGUUUAUGGACGGGGUGUUGGAUCAUUACGACGUGUACAAAGUGGAAACUAUUAAUGACUCCUACAUGAUAGCAUCAGGUCUGCCAAAGCGUAAUGGCGACAGCCACUCCAGCGAGAUCGCGAACCUGGCGUUAGAUCUGAUCAGACGUGUUAAUGAGAGGAGGACGUAUUUCAUCCCCUCCCGUCAGAUCAGCCUGAGGAUCGGCAUUAACACAGGACCUGUGGUGGCUGGUAUUGUCGGAUCUAAGAUGCCGAGGUACUGUCUGUUUGGAGACACCGUUAACACAGCCUCGCGGAUGGAGUCCAAUGGUCUGCCGAACCGGAUUCAUAUCAGUGCCAGUACUAGAGGCGCUCUCCUAAAGCACGGUGGCUACGUCACCCAGUGCCGUGGCACUAUCCCAAUCAAGGGUAAAGGCAACUUGACAACUUACUUCCUCAUCGGAAAGGGAGAAUCCCACGAGAGUAUCGAAGCUGGAAGCUUACAGUGUCCCCGAGUCGCUGAAGAGCUACCAGGGGAGAUAACAUGCUUGCCGGAUUACCCUCCCAAAACCAUGGUGCCGCUAAAGAAACAGAUCGCUGAGGCAGCAAAAACUGAGUGA